AAUGUUAUCAAACUCCUUCAUUUCGAAAGCGAUGAAAAUUUCAAGUAAGAUUUUUAAAACGUCAUUUUGAAAGAGAAACAGAACCUGUACUUUUAUUGACCUUACAGAUACUAUGUUUUGGAAUUUUGCGACGCAUCAUUGGAUCAGCUGUUCUUAAAACCGGACGAUCAAAAGAAAUACAAAGGACCUAUACCACUCCCUAUCGAAAUGUUCCUUCAUUUAGCUUCAGGCCUUGAAUAUAUCCAUUCGCGGGACUUAAUUCACAGAGAUAUAAAACCGGCAAACAUUCUAAUUUCUGUCAAAAUGACCGACCAAGGCGAACAGGCAACGAUGAAAUGGGGUGAUUUUGGAUUAUGCCGACCCGUGAAUGAACGAGGAACAUACACAAUUAGUGAAAUCAGAGGAACUUAUCAUUGGUUUGCUCCUGAGUUGUACGAAAUUCUGGCUAACAAGCACCUGGAUCGAAAACGUGGGACAGUUCAUAGUGAUGUUUUCGCAGAAGGCCUCGUCUUCGGUUACAUUCUCUUGAAUGGAGACCAUCUGUACGGUUCGAACGAUGAAAUUAUGACAAACAUCAAACAGAAUAAGCCGAUUAAUAUGGAUAAGAUUCAUAAUUUACAUUGGGCACGCAGUUUGUUAACAAAAAUGCUGACCACUAAACCUACUGAGAGGAUCGCAUCACGAGAUGUCGCUACUGAACUUCAAGCCAUCCAAACGAAACUUGGAUGGAAUGCUCUACAUUGGGCGUGUGCAAACAACUCAAACUCAAACUUAAUAAAGGAACUUGAGUUGUUGAUAAAAAGCGGAAUCGACACAAACGCAAAGAGCAACGAAGGACUGAGCGCAUUACACGUUUUGUGCACAUAUAAUUCCAGUCCUCAUUUAACAGAUGCAAUUGAAUUCUUAAUCCAAAGCGGUAUGGAUGGAAACGCAAAAGACAACAACGGCAUGAACGUACUCCACACUUUGAGUGCAUUCAAUUCAAGUUCAAAUUUAAUAGACCCAAUCGAAAAGUUAAUCCAACUCGGAAUUGAUGUGAAAGCAAAGUGCGGUGAAUUCGGAGCGAACGCCCUCCAUUUCCUCUGUGCUUACAAUUCAUCAUCAAAUUUAAUUGACACAAUCAACCGUUUACUUAAAGAGGGAGUUGAUAUAAAUACAGCUGACGACAUCGGACGAAACGCACUCCAUUACAUGUGUGAGAAGAAUUCAAGCACAAAUUUAAUUGAAAACAUCGAACUUUUGAUCCACCUUGGAAUUGAUAUCCACGCAAAGGACAAAAACGAAAGGAAUGCGAUUCAUUUCCUGUGCAAAGGUAAUUCAUCGUCAAAUUUAUUUGGCGAAACGGAAAAGUUAAUCCAACUCGGAGUAAACGAGAACGCAAAAAUCAUCGGAGGAUUAACCGCACUCCAUUUCCUCGGCAAAACCAAUUCAUCCUUAAAUUUAUUUGGCGCAAUGGAAACGUUAAUUCAAUUCGGAAACGAGAUGAACGCUAAGGGUGGCGGCGGGCUUACCGCAUUCGAUUUCCUCCGCGAACACCUUUCGUACACUAAUUUCAUUAACACAAUCGAGCGUUUACUUCAAGGAGGACUAGAUGUGAACACAAGAGACAACGACGGACGAAACGCACUCCAUUAUUUGUGCGCAUACAAUUCAAGCCCUUAUUUGACUGAUGCAAUAGAUUUCUUAACCAAAAGGGGAAAUUAUGUUAAUGCAGAAAAUAAAAACCGCCUUAACGUACUCCACACUUUGUGUGCAAACAACUCAAGCUUAAAGUUAAUAGAUGCAAUUGAAAAGUUGAUCAUACUCGGAAUCGACGUGAACGCAAAGGCUGAAAACGGAUUCAACGCACUCCAUUUCCUGUGCUCAGUGAAUAAAUCCACAAAUUUAAUUGAUGCGAUCGAAAGGUUAAUUCAACUCGGAAUCGACGUGAACGCAAAGGCUGAAAACGGAUUCAACGCACUCCAUUUCCUGUGCGCAGUGAAUAAAUCCACAAAUUUAAUUGAUGCGAUCGAAAGGUUAAUUCAACUCGGAAUCGAAGUGAACGCAAAGGCUGACCACGGAUUGAACGCACUCCAUUUCCUGUGCGCAGUGAAUAAAUCCACAAAUUUAAUUGAUGCGAUAGAAAGGUUAAUUCAACUCGGAAUCGACGUGAACGCAAAGGAUGACGACGGAACAAACGCACUCCAUAACCUGUGCGCAACGAAUUCCUCCUCAAAUUUAAUGGAUGCAAUCGAUAAGUUAAUCCAACUCGGAAUCGACGUGAACGCACGGCGCGACAACGGAACAAACGCUCUCCAUACCCUGUGCGCAAGAAAUUCAUCCACAAAUUUAAUGGAUGCAAUCGAUAAGUUAAUUCAACUCGGAAUCGACGUAAACGCAAAGGAUGACAAGGGAGGAAACGCACUCCAUGCCCUGUGUAGUAACAAGUCAUCCACAAAUUUAAUGGAUGGAAUCGAAAAGUUAACCCAACUCGGAAUCGACGUAAACGCAAAGGAUGACAAGGGAGGAAACGCACUCCAUUUCCUGUGUAGUAACAAUUCAUCCACAAAUUUAAUGGAUGGAAUCGAAAAGUUAAUCCAGUUCGGAAUCGAUGUGAACGCGAAGAGCGACAACGGAACAAAUGCACUCCAUUUACUGUGUAGUAACAUUUCAUCCUCAACUUUAAUGGAUGGAAUCGAAAAGUUAAUCCAACUCGGAAUCGACGUAAACGAUCUCUUACGCAAAAACUACAAGAAAGAUAACUUGGAGGAAGUUUUGAAACUAUUCGACAUGCUAGACCCUGUAGUCACAAUCCCUUCCUACAGAAAUUAUUAUAGAAGCAUGAUUGACAAGUUAUUCCAAUACGCUACAGACUGGAUAUUGAAUUUCUAA